GUAGGGUUUAUGUAAUUUGGGGGAUUUGGCGGGUUUACGCGGGCCAGCAGAGUAGCAAUGGAGGGAAUGGUGAAGAAGUAUCAACAGCGAUUCAGAAGGGUCAAGGAUGAAAUGGAGAGAUGGGAAGCUCUUCAGUCACGUCUUCUCUCCCAAUUUAGGAACGCUUCUUCCAUCGUCGACCGUUUGCAGGUAAUUCAAAGUUCUUCGAACUACGGAGCUCUGAAUAGCAUUCAUGGAGUUCAAGAUGUGGUUCUCAGAAAGCAGAUGGAUUCUCUUGGCGCCAUUUUCCGCUCCAUGAACACCACACUGGAAGAGUUUCAUCGUAUUGCACUGUCUCUUGAGAAGAUGCAUCGUGAUGGUAAACAGUUGGUAAGCGGGGGUUCUGCUCAGGCUGUCACUACCAAGCAAUUGCAGCUUCGGAUUGGAAUUAAACCGUCACUAGCAGAUUGCUUGGAUGGCCUCCUCCGAAUUCACGACAUGCAUCAAUCCGAGUACCUUCUGAAAUCAUCUGUGGUUUCAGCACUUUCAUCUCUUACCUUGAAACCUAGCUCAACUGAUCUAAGUGCCCUUCACCUGCUCUUGGUCGAUCAGCCUAAUAUCCCCAAAGAAGAAGUGCAAUCUAUCUUCGACAUCAUCUUCGCCGAAGAGAUAUGUUAAUCUCUUUGUGAACCAUGUUCAUUGCCUCAAUUGUGAAGGCUAAUGAAAUACCAAAUCCCAACGGUGAAUCGCGAGAUCAGAUGUCAGGUAGUUAUGAACGUGAGAUCAUAGGCUUAGAUGGAAUGGAUUGAGUUGGAAGCUAGAAGCAAGAGAAGAAGCAGAAGGGUAGCAACGAACGAAGUCAACCAAUCUGGUUGCCAAAGUCUUUUUGAAGAUGAAAUUUCCUUGACACCUACUUCUGGUUUGGUUUGGGUGCAUGCAUUACAUUAGAGUCCGCUGUUGGGCAAAUGUCAGUUUACCAAAGGUCAAUCGGAUGGAAGUUUACUCCACUCUUUUCUAUGUAGCAUAUCGAACUCUUGCAUUGUUUGAGAAGUGAAAUGAUGGAUAAUUUAAGUUAGGGGACUAAAGUAUCACUUGUGCCGUACUUCAUGGACGAAAGUCGUAGUUUUAAGUUGCCGGGAGCGGCAAUGGCGGACCCAGAAUUAUUAAAGAGGGGUGUCGCCGAUAAAAAAUUAUAAUAAAUAAAAUAAUUAAAU